AGCAGACAAGGAGGGAUAGGAAGAUGGCAUCCACCGACCAACCUGAUCGAGCAACACAGCCUGGCCUUGCACCUGGAGAUGUUGCGGCAACUCCCCCCAGAGAAACACUGAUAACCACUGCUGUGAAAUUUUUACAAAACCCAAAAGUGCGUCAGAGUCCCUUGGCCACCAGAAAAGCCUUCUUGAAGAAAAAAGGGCUGACGGAUGAGGAGGUAGAGUUGGCCAUCCAGCGCUCUGGGAGCACAGAAGAAAUCCUGCCUCUGAGCCCUGUCGGGCCCCCCCAUCCACUGCAUGCAACUCAGCUGGCUCCUGCACCACACAGUCCAGCAGGCUACAGAUGGAGAGACUAUGGUGCCCUCACCAUUGUUAUGGUGGGCAUCGCCUUUGGCUUUCAUCAGCUUUACAAAAAAUACAUCCUUCCCCUCAUUAUGGGCAGCCGAGAGGACAAGAAGCAUCUGCAGAGGAUGGAGAGCAACAUUGCGGCAAUGAGUGGCACGCUGACACAGACAGUCAGUCAGCUGCAGCAAACGCUGGUCUCUGUCCAGGAGCUCCUGAUCCAGCAGCAGCAGAGAAUCCAGGAGCUCUCUCAGGAACUGGCUGCAGCAGAGGUAUCGUCUUCAACCAACCGCGUCCUGGACAACCAAACAGUUGGAGAGCUGAAGGCUGAGAUCGUCUCUUUGAAGGGCUUACUGCUCAGCAGGCGGCAAUUCCCCUCCACUCCCAGUAUUCCCAAAAUCCCAUCAUGGCAGAUUCCCCUGAAGCCGCCAUCAGCACCGGGCUCGCCGCCAGUCAACCACACCAACAGCAGCAGCGACAUCUCCCCUGUGAGUAACGAGUCCACCAACUCGUCCCCCAUCAAAGAUGGACACCAUAGCUCCCAGGAUACACUGGGAGGGCCUGAUGGAGCGCAAAGCGUCAACGGAGAUGACGGCACAGUGGGACUCGGUGCAACGCUUCCCUUGGACCUGAAGGACCAGGUUCGCAUGGAGGUGCAGGGGGAGGAGGAGAAGAAGGAGGAAGAGGAGGAUGACGUGAGCCACGUAGAGGAGGAGGAGGAGGAGGAGGACGGUGUAAGCAUGCAGACAGAGGAUCGGCGAGGUGGGGAUGGACAGAUUAAUGAACAGGUGGACAAACUGAGGCGGCCCGAGGGUGCCAGCAAUGAGAGCGAGCUAACAAGAAGAGUCCAUGAGUGAGAAGAAAGGAUAUCAGCUCUGGUGCCACUUCCACCUCUGUCAUAUGGCCUUCAUAGGAACACAAAAAAGGUAGAGGCGCACUGCACAUUUCUGUGCAACACCCGUCCACACCUACAGAUUAUGUUUGGUUGUGUUUCUGUUUUAAGUGUCGAUUGAUUAGACAAAAACAAUGCAGUAUGGUGUAAACUAGAUUUUUUGAUCUGGUAGAGAUUAAUUUCUAUUGAUGAAUCAGGUUGGUUAAACAAAGUACAUAAUCAGGAGGUGUAACUUAAGCUUCUUAGCCACUGUAGAGCCAGUCCUCUCUGUAACCUGCUGAUUACUGUGUGAAUGUCAGCUAAACGUGUACAUAAGUGUAAUAAAUCUGGUUUAUCUCAA